CUUGAUUAUGUUUGAUUGUCAGGCUGAUGACUGUGCACUGGAACAACUGUUUCCUGCUCUAAGUCACAUGCGUCUCAGACUUGGCAAGCCUCAGCUUCUUCAGCUCAUUUUGCUGAUUCAGUGUGUUGGGGAAAGAGAUUCUUGGAACAGAGCCAAAGCUCUCUCCAUAGCCCUUGGAAAAGAAGUAGACCUCAGUCACACCCCUCUGGACUAUCUUUCCUGUAAAUCACUGGGGUUGGUCCUGGAGAAUUCUGAGGAUCUUACUCAUCUCAACCUCAGCCACUGCCAACUCACUGAUGACUGUCUCGACUUGUUGCUCCCACAUCUUCACAAAGUGCAGCUCCUUGAUCUAAGCAACAAUAACAUUACUGAUUAUGGAGCACUGAGCCUACAGAAAAUUCUAACUAAGACACAGACUAUACGCAUUUUCAAUAACUUGAAUACAGACAUGAGGCUUUUCAUUAAGAACCUGCACUAUCAAGAAACACAACAUAACUCACCCACAUAUGUGCAGUCAGAGAAAGAAGAUUUUUCAAAGUGUCCAUUUACAAAUGAUUCUGAGUCUGUAUUUGUGAUGAAAGCACUAUCUGAGCUCUUCACUAAGAUUUGAGUGUGAAAUGGGUGGUGAGUUCCAAUGCAGAGCAACUGAGCUGAUAUUUGGCAUGAAGGGAAGAGGAUGUGUUGAGUACAGAGUGGUCAACUGGGACAUGCAUUAUUUUUCCAAACACAUCUAUAAACCAGAUGGACCACUUUAUGACAUACAAACUCUUGUAGGAGAAAUGUACCUACUUCACCUCCCAUACUGUGAAACAGAA